AAAUGCCGCAUAUAUCGAUAGCGUCAUCACAAACAGGAGGAGGCCUCCCUCCGAGAGAUUGGAACGUCCAGUUGAGGAUUCCAUCGGCUCCACGAAUCAUGUUUCUUGAACUAACGACAGAUGACCCUUCACCUAUCGCCCUCCUUGCCCUCCCCCCGGAUAUGCAGACAGGGGGCCUGCUCGGGCUAUGAGGUCGUUUUGACCCAACCAUGUGUCCUGCAGCGCUCUAUAUCGCCUUCCCAAACACCGCCGCGUCCAUCGCCCGCCCUAUCGGCGGCCGGGCAGGCCAUCCCUGACAAUGCAUACGAUAUUCCUUUGCAAGCGGGCAUUGGUAAUAUCAGCGAUUUGGGAAGCCCGAGCCUGGGUUUCGAUACCGUCGAUGAUAGACCUGUCUCUCAAAGCUCCGCCGGGGAUUUCAAUGAGUGGCCACUUAAGGAUGCAGUCCUCAAACGCGUGAUUGUGGAUGGCAUAGCAACUAUCCAGCUACAGUUCUCUUGGCCGCCUUGCACGAAUUGCGUAGCUAGAAGCCGACAAUCCAACUCGCUACCCAAGAUGCCAAUUUCCACCAGACCAACAUCAUCCGAUUUGCCGGUCAAAAGUCGACGUUCAAAGAAACAUAGCCCCUGGACUCGUGAAGAGGACACCCUUCUCACCCUUUUGAGGACUCGGGGACUAUCGUGGAAUACGAUUCAUCGGCGAUUUGCAGAGGACUUUCGAGAGAAAAAACGGGCUCGGGCGGCUUUGGCUGGGCGAUAUAAUACACACUUUAAGAGUGGUGGUGGGGGGUCAAGUGAUAGCAGCCAAAGUAGGACUGUGAUCCCGAUCGAUCCUGCCCUUCCAAGCUAGGAGGGGAAGGUAGUUCAUUUAGAUCCUAUUAAUUACUAAAUAGGGGUUCAGGGGCUUGGCAACAAGGGGUUUGUUUACACCCUUACCCAAUGUAUCUAAUGUAAUUCUUUUGUUUCCUUCUCUUACUCACCUCAG